GUUUGCUUUGUCGGGUGUCGUUGGUGACUACCACCUAGAAGCUGAUGUAGGUCACAUCCGUAUAAGUGUGUUGCAAUCUAUUUAUGCUCUUUUCAUUGGAGCGUUCCCUGUGUGAUAGGGUGUAUACAGAGAAAUUGAUUCACGGGUUUUACAGUUACAUUGUGAGGUGAUCUACUAAUGUCAGUCUUGCAUGAGAGCUCUCGACGGCGACAGGAUGCCAUUAUGAACAUACCUUGUUUCUUUGGAUUAUGUGUGUUGUUAUUGUAUGGACCACUGGUCUCAGGUGCGUGCAAUGUCACGCUCCAUGCACAGAGGGAACCGCUGAAUUUCACAUCGCAACUACCCAGGCAACUACGGAAACCAUGAAAACUGUUAUUGGGACAUCUACCCUGAAACAAGCGGCUACAGGGUUGUGCUCGAAAUGGUGUUUUCCAACAUCCAAAAAUACUUCACCUGUAACAAUGACGUUCUUACCAUAGACGUCAUAAAUAAUGGUGAUCAAAGUAAAGCCUCGUCGCGUAAAAUCUGUGGCGAAAGCAGAUGGAAUAUUCUCAUCGAAGACGACCAACAUAUCCAUGCAGUGUUCACGACUGAUGCCAGUGGAACCAGGAGUGGUUUUCUUAUUAGAUACUAUGAGAAAAGUGGUACCAGAAACUGCGGUGUACCUCUCGUAGCAACUUCUGUCGGCAAGACAUUUACCUCGCCUGGAUACCCAAACACCUACUUCCAGAGGCAGACAUGUACCUGGACUAUUACAGCAGAACAUCAAAACCAAACCAUUCAAUUGUACACCAUGGACUCGGUACUUCAGAACGUCUCAUCUCGUGGAACUUGCAACAAUGAUUAUGUCACUGUAUACAACGGUCAAUACGGUUCAUACCAGCUCGGCACCUUCUGUGGCAACGAAUGACCUGUUUUUAACAGCGGUGGGAACGCCUUGAGUGUUCGUCUACGAACUGAUUCCUCGCAAGUCUACAAAGGAUUCAAAAUGCUAUACAAAGCUAUACCGGCAACAACGUGCAGCCUCACGCUUUCCGCAGGUUACAGUCCACUGGUGAUUGUCUCCCCUGGCUAUCCAAGCAACUACGUAAAUGGAUUGGACUGUCAGUGGACUCUAAAUGCACCGAUAGGAAGCAAUAUAACGGUGAAAGUUUUGUUUCUUGAUUUGGAAAAGGUGGCAUCGUGCGUGGAUGAUUAUCUACUGUUUAAAGAUGGUACGGCGAACGAUGCUCGCCAACUGGCAAAGAUUUGUGAUAGUAGGUCUACUCCCAUCGUCAGCUCUAGUAACCAUAUGACCAUCAUGUUUCACUCAGACCAUGCUGUCACAGGAGGAGGCUUUCGUUUGCAGUACUCAUUAGAGAGACCGAAUGUUUCUAAUUGCGGUAGUUCAUUGCUCAGCGCCAGCAAACAUUCCUGGAGGUACUUGUCAUCCCCUGGGUACCCAUACUACAACUACAAUAACAAUAUGUACUGCGAGUGGACAAUCUCUGCACCUGCUGGAUAUAAAGUAAAGGUUGAAGUUCAGACUAUUUCUAUGCAAUACGCCCCAUCCUGUUCUAAAGACUACGUGCUCUUCAGAGAUGGUUCUCCAUCUUACGCCACUCGGUUGGGUAAAUACUGUAGUGACGUCACCGGCUACAUCGUCAGUUCCCGCAACUCCAUGACCAUCACUUUUCACACUGACACUUCUGUCACAGACAAAGGAUUUUCUCUGAAAUACACUGCACGGACGACAGGGUGUGGCGAAGAUGAAACGAUAAGCUAUGAGACAAAAUAUAUUGAAUCACCGAAUUAUCCUCUGUCCUAUCCCGACAAUGCGAACUGUGAGUGGACAAUCAGCACUUCCAUCGACGGAUAUGUAAUCCAUGUGGACGUGGUGAAUUUCAACAUUGAGCAAGACAGCAGCUGUUCCUAUGAUUAUGUACAGCUCUAUGAUGUAGUCACGAGUUAUGAAAGUUCGAUCGGUCGAUGGUGGGGAAGAGAUGGACCAAAUACACAGACUACAGGACAGACAAUGAAGGUUAAAUUCCACUCCGAUGGUUCGACUUCCCAUUCCGGAUUUAAAUUGUCCUUUACUGCCGGCGAACCAAAAUAUGAUUCUGCUGCACCAACGAACAUCGGAGCCAUACUGGGAGGUGUAUUUGGCGGGAUCACUGCUGUGGGUAUUGCAACCUGCUGCUGCUGUGGACUUUGUUUCAGAAAGAAAUCCAUUCCCAACGUCCAACAGCAGAGAAACAUACCACGUGAAGGCACCGUCUCCUUCAUCAACGUCCCCAGCUACCCACAAACCCUGCCUACUGCUCCUGCUGUUCUGCCGUUCAUGUCGCCACCACCUCCUUCUUACAAUGAUGUCGUGAAGGAUGAUCCCCCACCGUACUUUCAGGCAGUUCCACUAUCAGACAUACAGCCUGUUGUCACGUCAUACAGUAGCGGUGCAUCUGAGCAUCAAGGGAUAGAUAAUCCAGCAGGCCCCAGCUGAGUGGCAGUUUCAGAUGACGUGCAUGUUUGUUUAACUGGAGAAAACAGAACAAGACACAUUCGUGUAUACUUCAUGCAGUGUCCUCAUCCAUAUACUUUUUUGCAAGGGGUAUCGUUUCGUACCAUGGUUUUCGAUGAUCAUUUAAUAUUCAAAAUAUCUAUUACAGCUAAUUCUAAAAAUGAUGAUUGACUUGACGGAUUAGCAUAAAAGCAUAUUAAUGGUGUUAUACAAUAUGUCUAUAGGAUGUUUUCGUGGUGUAAUGUACACAGCGGUUGAAUUUUUAACAAUGUUUUUAAUCAUGUAAAUUAUUUUUACGAAUACAUGUACGAUAUUGAACGGAUGUCGCCAUUUGGUGACAUAUAUUUCACCGACUGAUCGCUUUUCAAUAAAGAUUGUCCCAAACAAUGUGAUAAUGGUGAAUGGAUACUGCACAAUCCACACAAUCCCCCCAAGGAAAGACACCUUAGAAUAUUCCCUUGAAUCUCGUUUGGUAUAUUUUGAUAUUUUGUUAUUGUUUUUUGUAAUAAAAAUAUUUUGUAUUUCAAAUGA